AUGGUGUUUAGAAUUUUACAGUAUUUACUAAACCGCAAUGAAUUAGUUGACAAGUUAGCAGAAUCCAAUUUUAUGAAAAAGAUAGCGCGAUUCGUUGUACACAAAAUAAUUCGUGCCAAAUCAUUGACCGAAGAUAUGAAAUCCGAACAGUUUAAUAAAACAUUGAAAAAUAUUGCCGAAAAACUCAAGGAGAAAAAGGAUAAGUUGGAUGGUAAACCGUAAUUUUCUCUGUAUUAGAUAUCAAUGUUCAGUCGUACAAUGAAAGACCAUUCAAUUAUAUUUGUGGGCUCGGAACCUUCUAAAGACAAAUAUGUCAUUACUCGCGCGUUGUCGUAUUUUACAAUGCCAGCCAAUGAUUUACCAAAACGUAUAUUGACAUCAUUCACACCGCCUCUCCAUUCAAGAUUUGUUUAUGUGGACUUCCUGGGACCAUGUUUGGCGUUCAUACUAUUGGCAGCAAUACUCAGUUAUGGACAUGCAUACAAAAUUCCAUCAGCUGUCUAUCACAGAUCACCGACUGAAGUGUUAGCAAUAUAUUGUUUUUUAAUGCCAGCAAUUUGUUAUAUUUUAACUGGUUUAGGAAAGUCUAGUAUAUCUUUUUUGCAGAUAUUGUCCUUAUUAGGCUAUGGUCUUUAUGGUUAUGUUUUUACUCUUAUCAUUAGUUUUAUAUCGGAUGAAACAAAUAAUGUAAUAUUUUACUUCUCUAUGAUAUUCUUUACUGGUAGUAGUGUUUUUAGAAUAUGCCUCAUAAUAUUAUUAACUAUUAAAGUGCCUGGUGCGCGACUGUUGGUCUGUAGUAUUAUUGCUACUUUGCAAGUACUAUUUGUUGUAUUUUUAUAUUUUACAUUUGUUCAUUCGAGUUUUGUAUUUACUAAACACUGA